AAACACAAAUAUUUGCAGCACCCAAAAAGAGAAGUAGGAAGAAACGCCUUCACUUUUUUGUUGGCACCGUAAAAGAGAAGAAUAGAACCUAAUUACAUUACACCACUCCCUUCACGCCUCCCUAAUUCCAUCCGUCGCCUACUAUCGUUUUUCUUUGUGGUCCAACCCACUCAGUCCAUAUAACAUUGACAAAUUUUUGGGUUCGUCUGAGGCAAAGAGACAGAAAGUGGAGGCCAAAAUGGACUGGAAUGGGAACUUAAGACCCUUUGUUUCUCGACCAGAAUCUUCUUUAAGCUUCCUCUACAACUAUAACUACGACCCAUUUCCAGGAAUGGAGGUGAAGCACCCGGCAAUGGUAGUGGAGUCUGGAGGGCAGGGGAUGAUGGCGGGAAUGGAGAAGAACAGCAACUAUGGGAGCUGCCUACAGGAUAAGAAGAAGCGGCUGACGAGCGAUCAGCUAGAUUCACUGGAAAGGAGCUUCCAGGAGGAGAAAAAACUGGACCCUGACAGGAAGAUGAAGCUUUCCAAGGAGCUCGCGCUGCAGCCUCGCCAAAUCGCUGUUUGGUUCCAAAACAGGCGCGCCAGGUGGAAGGCUAAGCAGCUUGAGCACCUAUACGAUGAGCUCAAGCAUGACUAUGAUGUCAUCUCUAGGGAGAAGCAUAAGCUUCAAGAUGAGGUUAUGAAAUUGAAAGCCAUGCUAAGAACAGAGCAAGUGGCGAGGAAGCAAGUCUCCACAGGGUACACAGAAAUCUCUGGGGAAGAUACAGUGGAGAGCACGUCAGUCGCCAUUAAUGGCGCCUCUCAAAAGCAACGUGGAACGACGACGACCAACCAACCCAAUGCAGAGUGCAACUAUCUAUUCAAUAUCGUCGAGGAGUACAACCCUGUACCGCCACCUUACUGGGGCGGUGCUCUGCCUUCUUAUCCCCCAUAAAACCAUAAAACUGUGCUGUUUGGUUGUUCAUAAUCUGAUCUUUAACAGAGUUUGUCUGUCUAGGUUAGUAGGGUGAGAGAGGAAGUAGUUUGCUGUCUGAGUGAAAAGACACUGUCGUCUGAUCCUGAAAUUUUCUUGAUUACUCGCAUAUGAUAUGAUGUACGUUCUAAUUAUUGUAGUUGUUGUUGCUGUUAUAAUGCUGAUGAUCAUUAGUUCCUUGGUU